AUGGUCCAAAAUCUUGCUGGAUGGUUAGAUAUAACCAAUCGGAAGAAUAAAGUCGAGCCCUUGGAAGAGCAAAACUGGGCGUGGGAUGUCAAAGAGCUUUCAGCAGCCUUAAAUCAUUUUUUCACAAAUACGCAAGGCAAUGUGGAUAUGGUUCCGAAGUACGCUUCAUCCGAAGUCCAACAACAAAAGUGUACCCCUUCGUAUGCCUCAACUGAAAAAAUUGGGCAGGCGGGUGCAUUGACGCGCCUAAUUGAUUCCCAUAAAAUGGAACCAGAAGAUAUCGUCACAGCAACCGUUGCCGUCAUACCGGAAGUCUGCGCUGUAGUGUUGAGGACUAUGAACCAGCUACCCGUGACUUUUGGCGCGGUAGGAGGUGCCACCAAAAAUGACAGCAUACUAGAAAAGGCAAUAAAGUACCACCAAGCCAGUUGA